UUGGAUUUCUUCCAGGAUCCUGUCAUGAUCCUCAGCUGUGGCCACAAUUUCUGCCGGCGCUGCCUGUUGCAUCUAGCCUCUGCUCUAGGUCAGCCUUCACAAAGCAUCAGUGGCUUCCGCCCCAGCUGGCAGCUGGCCAAUGUGGUGGCAGCCGUGCAGGAGCCGGCUCGGCUGCUGGCGCAGGAUCUGUGCCACAGGCACCAACGACCCGUCACUCUUUUCUGUCAGCAUGAUGGAGUCCUUGUCUGCACUGCCUGCAUGAGCAUCACGCCCACCCCACCGUGCUGCUCGAAGGGGCCGCUCGCUGCUACAGGACAUCUUGGAGUGUUCUCUGGAGAAAGACUCAGAGGGAGAGCAGCCAUGACCCUGGAUCCAGCCACAGCUCACCCCCAAAUCCUGGUAUCAUUGGAUGGCCAGACUGCAGGCCACUGGGAAUCAUCCCCAGCUCCUCUGCCCUUAGGAAUGGAGUGGUUUGAGUCCCUCUGCUGUGUUUUGGGUCAGCAGGACUUUGUGGAGGACUGGCUGCUUUGGUCUCAGCCCCAAAUGUGGGGUGUGGGCCGAGGGGCAGUGCUGGGGCAGCUGCAGGCUCUCACCUGGCCCAGCCCUACGUCUCUGCCCCACAGCCACACUGUCCAAUCCAUCGAGGUGGCUGUGGAUUACACUGGCGGGUGGGUGGCUUUCUGUGAUGCUUAUAGUCAGACUGAAGUUUUUGCCUUUCCCCCACCCACUUACGCAGGUGAGUGACUCUGGCCAGUGCUCUGGCUGGGCUAGGAGCCAGCUUUGCUCACCCUCUGUCCUUGAGUUCCCCAAAAAUCCACUAUGAACCUCCCAAGUGCAAACACUUCCACCACCCCAGCAAACACUCCACUCAACAACAAACAGCCCCACUCUCACUCCAGCCCCAUUUAAUUUUCCUUAUAAUAUCUAAUUUAGCAAUCAUAUUUCACUCUUUUGCUUCUCAGUGGGAAAACAGAAGUAUUUUUUGUUCCUUAGCUGUUUGUCAGUGGAAGCAUAGACCAGAAAAACAGGGAGAAUGUCCCUAAAAGAUUUUUAAAAAGUCACCUUGAGGAAGAAAAUGGGCUUUGCUGGUGUUGCAAGAUGUCUCAUAAUAAGGUUUUGCAAGUGGAAACUUUUCUUCUUAGGAUUUGUAGAGAAUUUAGGGGAAGUGGGUUAAAACCAUGUUUCAUAUCUCUGAGGAUCACUCAGGAUUGGGCCUUUCCAGGGCUUUGUAUUCACUGCCAGGAUGUAAGCAGGGAGAGAGACCACAGACAGAAUUUCAU